UUAGGCAUUAUCUGCCGCAGCAGCUGUCUUCAGAUACAGACAAGGCACAGUGACAAAUCCCAACGCAGAGAGGACAACUACAACUUUUUGCGUGUAAGACUUGUACAGGUUUGAAUCCUUACAUACUGCUUUCGUUGGGAUACAAUCAAGAAGAAAGAAGGGAGAGAGGGAUCUUCAACGGUGAUAUUCAAUCAACUCUAUUGGAAAAGAACUUUCCUGACUUUAUCACUGACCAUCCUUAUCUGGAGUGAAUUCCCUUUUGGAGGCCGCAGCUCAAGAAAUUAUUGGAUUGGAAAUUUCGGACGUUGUCACGACUUUUACUGCAAAUUGUUCAAAAUCUGGGGUUUUCUUUAUUGUGUAUUUUUUCAUUCAAUAAAUAAGAUUCUAAAAGGAUAGCUUAGUCAUUGGAUAGGCUUACAUUAUGUAUUCAAGCCUGGCUUUAUCAUCCAAUCCGUCCCACUACGCACACGAUUCCGGGAACUACAUCCACCCAUCCGCCAGCUCACCUGUAUAUGUGCCCACCACCCGUGUACCUGCCAUGCUCCAAACCUUGCCCUACCUACAAACAUGUGAGUCCACCCAUCAGUCCCAAGGACUCGGCAGUCACCAUGCCUGGCCGCAGAGUGGCACGGAGAACUCCACUUUCAACCCGGGCAGCCCUCAUCCUCAUCUCGGGUUCUCUUAUUCACACAGCCCGCCGGUAAGCAGCAGCACCGGCAGGGAUGCAGCGUACCAGAAUCCGCUGGUGCUGAGUAAUAGCGGGCGGGCAGAUCAGUAUGGAAGUGCCCUGGUGCGCUCCGUCGGUGGCUCCUAUUCUAGCCCUUACGCGGCCUACAUGAGUCCGGAGAUGGCAACCUCAUGGACGCCAGGGCCCUUCGAUGGCGGCAUGAUCAGUCUUCAGGGACGGCAGGGAACUCUGCCAGGAAGGAGGUCUAGUUUAGACAUGCUGGAGGAGUUCCCGUGCGAAGGGCGUGAAUGUGUCAACUGCGGCUCUAUCUCAACCCCGCUGUGGAGGAGAGACGGGACGGGACAUUACCUGUGCAACGCGUGCGGCCUCUACCACAAGAUGAACGGAAUCAAUCGACCUCUUAUCAAACCGCAGAAGCGCUUGCAAAGCACGUCUCGACGAGCAGGUCUGUGUUGCACUAACUGUCAUACCAGUACGACCACGCUGUGGAGGAGAAAUGCAGAGGGAGAGCCCGUCUGCAAUGCCUGCGGACUGUACAUGAAGUUGCACGGGGUACCAAGGCCAUUAGCAAUGAAGAAAGAAAGCAUUCAAACCAGGAAACGCAAACCAAAGAUGCCCAAAACAAAAGCAUCCUCAGGGUCAACAUUGUCUGGCGCUACAUCACCCCCUUCAUUGCCCAUGUCGGAAAACGCCUCUACAAUAAAGAGUGAACCUAACAUCGCAGCUUCUCCAUAUGCUGGCCAAACUGUUGUCUCAGUCACACAGGCAUCAACACAGUUGGACAGUGCCAGCUCAGGACAAAUGGACAUCAAAUAUGAGGACUACACAUACACCCCUACGUCAAUUGCUCCACAGAACUCCUGGUGUGCGCUGUCUCAAGCGUGAUCUGAGACCUACUCCCUCCAUAAAACCUCUCCAGUGCAUUCUGGAGGAAAAUACUUUUGACAAGAUCUACCUAUUAGAAGUCACUUUUACACACACAUAUGGACAUUGGGAAUGUAAGAGAUUAUAUAUUGACUAUAAUUCGGGCUACUUUGCCUUGUUGAUUUAUCAUGGCGGAUCUCUCUGUGAUGUCAUGGACAAUUCAUGAAAUUCUGCCAAAACACAGCAGGCAACAAGCAACAAGCAGUUCUCGAGUUCCUCAAGCAAUUUGUCCAAUUGGAAGGACAAAAAACAUGCUUUUAUGGCUUCUGAACAUGUUUCAUGGCUUAGAUGUUAAUGAUUAACUUUUAAGAUACAUUAUUUAUGUUAAGAUAAGAAUGGUAGAGGCACACAGGUCUCUCUCAUAAUUCUCCUUAUCCUUCAGGGAAUGCAUCUUUAUGGUCAUUAUGACUUUAGAUCGCAUACUUUCCCUGGACGAGGUUUUAAAAGUUUCCUUGUUGUCUUUGCUGAUUCCAGACUCUUUAAAUGCUGUAUUGUAUUCCUCUGAUGAUCUGAAGUGCAAUGACCCUCACUUUUCUGCAAAUGUUGAAAAGGGGCAUGUAUAUUUUAAUUGUUUAAAAUUGUGUUUUGUUUUGUCUGAAUAUGUUAACCUAAAUUUAUUUUGUUGAUAUAUAUUGGAAUUAUAUCAUUGUUUUAUUGCAUAUAAAAUUGCCCAAAAUCUG